AUGCCCUGCAGGAAGAGGGACCCCGUCCUGCUCUCCUAUGCCGAGCUGCCUGGCACCGACGGUGAGGGUCCCCGCAGCGGUGGGGACGGCCAGCGGUCCGCGUCGGAGGAGGAGGGCCACCUCCCCAGCCUCCCCCGCGACGACCUCUCCAAGAGCAUGUCGGGCUCCUCCGUUUCCUCCUACCACUCCGCCCUGUGCUCGGAGGGGACGGAGACCUUCAAGGACUGCCUGGAGUUUCUGGAUGAGGAGGGGACGCCCCCCCGGGACGCGGGGCCACGAGGCGGCUGUGCCGAGGGGGCUGACCCGGGGCGCUGGGCUCCAGCCGGGGCCCCCGGCGUCCCCCCGCCACCUGCCCCCCUCGCCUGCGCGCGGCAGGCUCAGCUGUCCAUCGUGGCUAAGAAUAACCCGGCGCCGGGGCAGGGGGGCAGGAUGGGUCCCCUCGGCGGGGACCGGCAGCCUGCCACCACCGCCGCCGCUGCCGGCGGGGAGCUGGCUCUGCCCCGGCAGCCCGGGGGGAUGUUCGGCGGGGCACCCAGCGAUUCAGACGAGGUGGACGGCGAGGUGCGGGCGCUGACGGCCAGGGCUUUCCGCAGCCUUUCGGGUCCCCCCGGCGCCCACCUCGACAUGUGCAGCUCCCACACCUCCUCCAGCCUCUCCAACUCGCUGUCAGAGGACGGUGGGCGGCCGCGGCGGUGGCCGGCAGCCAGCGGAGAGUCCCGGGGCACAGUGCUGCUGGGCUUGCUGGGGAAGGAGCAGUUCGAGUGCGUGGACGUGGAGCUGGAGAGCGGGGAGGCCAGGAAGGGCCACUGCAAGAAGAGGACCGUCCCCAAGCGCCAGAUCCUGCUGAAGAGGAAGGAGAGGAAGGAGACGGGUUUCGGCCCCUGGGGUGACAGCCCGGCCCCCCAACCCCUGCCCCCCGCCAGGAAGGAGCCCCCCAGCAAGGGCAGGGCCAUCGGAGAGGACUUCAGGCUCAACUACAAGCAGUUCAUGAAGACGGCCUCCUUGGAUGCCGACGCUGGCAAGACCAGGGCGGCCUCUUGCCUGGUGAAAAACGUCCUCGCCAAAAAAAUGCAGUACGAGCAGAGGAUCAAGAUGGAGCAGAAGGGGCUGCGGGGCAGCUCAACCUCCUCGGGGCCGUCCUCCGCCGGCACCGACCUGCUGGGGGAUGGUCUGGAGGGCAAGUCCAGCUCGCUCUCCCGCUCGGACUGCAGCUUCUCAGCCGAGGAUCUGCAUGGUGGCGGGAUGCCGGUGGCCACGGUGACCGUGGGGGAUGCCACCACCACCCGUCCCGCCAAGGGGGUGGUGCUGAGCGAGGCGACGAGGGAGAGCGUCUGCAAGCUGAAGAAGACCUUCAAUGAACUCAAUGAGAGGAUGAAGUACCAGGAGGUCCUGGAGGGCCACCGGCUGCCCGGUGCCACCGAGGAGCCGGCAGCAGAGAGGAUCCGCUACCGGCGAGCACGCGCCUUGUUCGAAGCCCACUCUGGGGUGGGGAAGACGCUGGACGUCGCCCCCAGAUUUGAGAGAGCGCCAAAGCCGUGGCCCAGCUUGAAGCAGCGAGCCAUCCGCCCCAGCCACCCCCAAACCCGCCCCUUCGAGGCCGACAGCCUGGCGCUCCCCGCCGUGCCUCCCCGCCGCCUCUUCACCUCCCGGGCGCAGGAGGUGAGACUGGUGCCGCAGAGCCGGCGGGAGGAGAAGCUGCCAGCGAUGCCCCGCCAGCCACCCAGCCCCGGCACCCCGGCCCGGGAAGCCUCGCCAGCCGCCCCCCCUGAGCCAGAAGAUAAGGGGAAGGGGCGCAUCCCGCAGCCCCGAGACGUGCGCAAGCUGGUGAAGAGCAGCUACAGCCUCCACUUCGGGACUGCCAGCGCAUCCCGUGGCACCACGGCACCGGCAAGCGGUGGGGGGCCGCCACCGGCCACCCCGCUUGUCAUCCACUGCACCUCAGUCUGCCGCCAGGAGACAGCGACGGAGCCGGGGGACGGGGAGGUGCUGGCAGCUGCCAGCCGAGAUCCAGCCCCGGCACGUGCCGAGGGCCCUGCAAAGCUCGCUGGUGGCCAGCCCUCACCCACCCAGGGCUCCCCUGUCCACAUCACGAAGGUCCAGGCCACACGGAGGGGGGCACCCACUGCGGAGGGGCUGCCGGCAUCCCCCCCGCGCCGGGAGCGGAGCGAGCUCAGGGUACCGCCACGGGCUCCAGCGGCCGAGGGGGUGCCGCACGUGGAGACCCACCUCCAUGUCCUGGUGGGCCGACAGUCCCCAGCGGUGGCCGGGGAGGGCUCCCCGGCUCAGAGCAGCACCAUGCUGCGGACAGAGAAGACCGUUCUCCUCCCACCGCCGCCGCCGAGUCCCACGGAGGGUAAGGACAGACGCAGCCACGACGGCACCGGAGGGCUCCGUGCCGCUGAGGGGCCCGAGUCAACGGUGCAGCGGCAUGGCGGCGAUGACGGCGAUGACCCUCGAGCCAGACCCCUGACCAACAGCAGCUUGCACCCACAGCCUGAGAAACCGGCGGAGAGAAACACAUCGAAGCCGCCCACAAGCAAGCAGGUGUCGGUGGGGAGCAGUGGCUCUGCAGGCAGCACUGGCCCCACUGCCCCGUUUCGAGCCGGGGAGGCCAGUGAAGAUCCCUCUGGCCGGCUGCUGGAGCGGAGGGAGGCCUGGGAGCGUUUACCAAAGUGGCCGGCAGCCACCGAGCCGUACCUUCCUGCUUCCCUGGUGGAGAACUCCAACUACUUGGCAAUUCCUGUGAAAGCCCCCAAAUCCUCCGCGAUGCCAAAGAUGCCCUCGGUCCCCAAUCCAGCCAGCACAUCCUUUGGGACCCCUGUGGUCCCCAAGCCAGUCAGCGCAUCCUUUGGGACCCCCUCAGUCCCCAGUCCAGCUAGCGCAUCCUUUGGGACCCCCUCAGUCCCCAACCCGGCCAGCGCAUCCUUUGGGACCCCCUCAGUCCCCAAUCCAGCUAGCGCAUCCUUUGGGACCCCCUCAGUCCCCAACCUGGCCAGCGCAUCCUUUGGGACCCCCUCAGUCCCCAAUCCAGCUAGUGCAUCCUUUGGGACCCCCUUAGUCCCCAACCCGGCCAGCGCAUCCUUUGGGACCCCCUCGGUCCCCAACCCAGCCAGCGCAUCCUUUGGGACCCCCUCGGUCCCCAACAUGACCAACUCAUCUUUUGGUUACUCAUCAGCCUCCAGCCUGGCCAGCACAUCAUUUGGGGCUCCCUUGGUCUCUAACUCCACCAACAAGUCUUUUGGGACCCCCUUGAUCCCCUACCCAGCCAGUGCAUCCUUUGGGAUCCCCUUGGUCCCCAACCUGUGUGGUGCAUCUUUUGGGACCCCCUUGGUCCCUAACUCAGCCAACGCAUCCUUUGGGACCCACUUGGCCCCCAAUUCAUCCAGCAUAUCCUUUGGGACUCCCGUGGUCCCCAAUCCAUCCAGCGCAUCCUUUGGGACCCCCUCAGUCCCUAAUGUGGCCAACUCAUCACUUGGGGUCCCUUUGGUCCCCAACCCAGCCAGCUCAUCCUUUGGGUCCCCCUUGGUCACUAACCCAGUCCCCCCCUCCCUUGGGCACCCAUCAGUCUCCAGUGUGGCCAGUUCAUCCUUUGGAUCCCCUUUAGCCCCCAACCCGGCCGGUGCUCCACUGGGAACCGGUGUGUGUCCCCUGGCCGGUGGGGAAGCACCCUGGAGCAAACCCAGCCCCGAGCCCCCCUUGCCCCGGCCCCCCGAGGGCCUGGCUGCUGGGGAGCACCUGGUGCCGCUGCCCCCAGCCCAGCCCCAGCCUCGCCUCGAGGAUGCUCCCCAUUUCCUAAGGAGGACUGACGGCGCCUCGCCGGGCAGUAAGAGCACACCGAGCCCCACCAAGCCCUUUGCCCCCCACCUGCCCACGCACCGGAGGAUGCUCGUUGAUCCUGACAGUGGGAAAUGCUACUACAUGGAGCCACCGCGGCAGCCCCAGCUGAAAACGCUCUACGACCCCGAGACGGGGCAGUACCUGGAGGUGCUCAUCCCACCGGUGGCAUCGCAUGCCGGGCUCUACCAUGCUCCUUUCAACCCCCUGGUCAUGGCUCCAGGGGUCUAUGCUCCACCCUACAUGCCCUAUGGCAGCUUCCCAGGCCUUCCGGCACCCCCGCCACCCGCCGCCCCCUCCCCAGCGCACCCCGACGUGCCAGCCGCCGAAAACCCCGGCUUCUCUGGGACCUUCAGCCCUACUCCCAAGGGCGAGGGGCCGCCCGCUGCCGGGGGUCCUGACUGCGGGUACCUGGAGAGCCUGUACUACAUCCCCACAGGGAUGCGGGCCAGCCCCGGCCCCAGCCCUGGCCAAGCCCCUGCCCGUGCCAGCCCUGCCGGGCCCGAGAAGGGACCGCUGCUCCGGAUGUGA